AUGGUUAUCAUCAAAUGGUGGGGCAGCACAAACGUUGUCGACACCGAGAAGCUCGUCUUCAGGCACGAGUUCCCCGAGAAACGGUUCUGCAAGAUGGAGAAGCUCCGAGAGGCGCUAGGGGAUAUCUUUGGCUCGAAUGAUUGGGUCGUCGAGUACGAUGGACAUAAUCUCAUCAUCAAGGUGGGAAGCAGGGUUGAUCUGAAGGAGGAACUGAAGGCGCGUGGUAUUAUCUACAAGUCUAUGUGGCUUACUGUCCCCGGCGAUUAUCUGAGCACUGAAACCGUUCGACGCCCCGAUCGCAAGCCGAAUCGACUUGAGGCUCAAGACGCAUUCGCCGAACAGUACCUGAUCGUCCUUGGCCUUUGUGACCGCCUGCCUUUCCACCAUUCCCUUCGAGUCCGCCGCGCUCGCCACGGUGUCGCCUCACUGUUCAACAUCGUCCAGUUCACGCGACAUCGGGAUGUCUUCCCUGCUGCGAAACCCCACUAA